AUGAACUACAGUGGAAACAUGCCAGACUGGCAACAAUAUCAUUCUCCACAACUAAUUGGGUCUGAAGUACCAUCUGCUGGUGGUCAAAAUGUAAACCACAGUCCGAUUUUCGGGCCCAGUAUUAGCCCGAGAAGAUUGAACGGGUCCAGCUUCAGCCCCGAAGGAUUGACGAAGCCCCAGAACGAUGCCAAUUAUAAUUCCAGAAAUUUUCAACAGUCGCCAAAUACAUUAAAUACAUUAAAUGGGCACAAUGUUCCUCCUGACAAUCCUUCCAUCGGAGCUACAGUGCUGAUGUCAGGAUGUCACAGACAUUAUGGGACACCUAGUCCAAGAAAUACGAUGAUUGAAGGUACGAAUGCUUCAUUGGAUUCCAGAAACGUACCUGUAAGUUCCAUGAACGAAGUAUCGGGACAACAAAAUCAUCAAAUAUCAAUGAACGGACUUGCUGGGCAUAUGAGCUGCCCUACUAUUAGUGGGCCCAUGGGACCAAUGGGCCAAAGAACCACACCCACCGCUCUUCAAGCCCCAUUUCCAACAAGCAGCAGACAAGGACAAGGAUCUUACAUGCCUUGUAAAGGUCUGUGCUGUAAUCCGGACACCAGUCUCAGCUAUCAAAGCUGGGAAAAGUUUGGGCCUUAUCCACCGAAUGUGCCGAAUCGUAGUGACACUGGUUAUUCUGUUGAUAAUAGAAGAUUUGGUAAUGAAUUUGUAAGUAGAGAACCUUUAAGCACUACAGCCUAUAAUGUAGAUCCAAGGAGAAACUUUCCUGAUUAUAAGUACAGAAAAGAUUCUAUUAUUCAAAGACCCUACGCUCAUCCUCCAAGCAUAAUACAAAGUUAUCCUGUUCAGAACUACAAUUUUACGGGAGAGUAUCAAAAGUAUCCUGGUUACCCUGUAAAGGAAUAUCCUAGGGACAAUUCUAUCACAAAUCCGCAGAAUCCGGCCAUACUUAAAUAUCAGGAACAAAGCGUUAUUGUUCAACAGAAAUAUUUUACUAAACAAAUACAAUACCAAAAUGGAGUUAUACCAAAGAGCAUCGUGCCAGCCAAUAUGGGAGGAAAUAUCAUAUCGAGAGCACAAAAUCCGUAUUUUAACCCGCCACUAACCAGGGACUUUCCUAGAGACUAUUCAGAUAGUAAUACACUGGCUAACAAGGGAAUACAAACUCCAAAUGCUAUACAUCCAACUUAUUCGAAAUAUCAAAUGUAUCAGCAAAAGAUUGCUAUGCAAAGGUUCUCAAUGGAAAAUCACAUGCAAGAGCUGACACGGAUUCCGGGAUAUCAAUCGCAACCGAAGUAUCAAGAAUGUAUUUUGAGGCAUAAAGAAUUGUUGAGGCUACAGCAAAACGUUGACUACCAAAGUAUUGUCCAAGGUACACCCAGAGCUGUCACGUCACAGGUAAAUGAUGACAUACCACCGAUUAAUCUGCAAUUUGAUCAAAAUGGAGUCUUGAUUAAUUCGACCUUUGCACCUGCCGGAUUUUCUAAUUUACAGAGCCCAAUCAAUGUUCGAAACUCCAAAAAUAUUCAAAGUGUGACUAACCGAGAAAUGGGAGCAGAAAAUAUGCAUCACCCUGAGCAAUUUAAGUCCCAAUCAACCAUUGAAAAUCACAUACAAACUCAAGUUUCUUCUUCACUGUCCCAGUGUUCGCUACCUUGUAAAAAUGAAGAAUCUUAUUCACUACAAAAAGAAUUCAAAGAAGACCAAUAUAAUGUAAAAAAACAAGAGAGAGAGGAUCCCAAUGUAUCUAAUAUCGAAAAUGAUAAGACUUCAUCCAUACUUCAAAGAAACUCAAGCGAUUUUGCCGACAAACCAGAACUUGAUGUACGUCAGUUUUUGGCCAACUGGGAUGAAUCGGAGGAUGAAGAUGCAGGCAACGGUAAUCUGCCAGAUGUUGUGUCGAGCAAUUCAACAUCCAGUGUUGUUCCUGAGUAUGAAAGUACCAAGGUUAUUUCAGACAACUCUGAAGAACCUGCAAAUUGUUCAAAUAUUCAAGACUGUCAGAGCACAGAUGAUUGUGAAAGGUUUGAGGAUGCCCAAAAUAAUAAAAAAUCUUCCAAUUACACGGAAAAUAAAACAUACAAAUACGAUUCACAGCGCGAUGGUGACAUCAGUAAAUCAUCGGAACAAGAUUUUGAUACUUCUGAUUCUAAUAAAAGCAUCAUCAGAGAUGAGACAGACAUAAAAUCUACUGGCAGUGAUUAUAAGGGUGAAACAGAGUUACAUGUUACUGAGAAGUUGCUCGAUUGCCCAGAUAUACAUAUGAGUACCAAACUACAAUGUCAAGAGAAGAAAUCUUUGGAUAAUAACAAUAGUCAAGAAAUUUCGAACUCGAUGGAAGUUGAUAUUAUGGUAGCAAAAAAGUCAACUCAGGAAGAGACUAUAACAGCUAUUAAAGAACACAUAGAAACGCAUAAAUAUGAUUCUAGUGUAGACAUUCAUUCUGACAUUGAAGAAGUAUCUGAAAGUAACGACAACAGUAGGUCCAGCUAUAGUGGAGAAUCCUCUGAUAAUAAAGAAAAUCAUUUUAGCAGCAACGAGGAUCUGUCUGACUCUAGCAAUGCUAAAGGAAUGAAUCGCCAUUCGAUUUCAAGUGUUACAAAACUGCCGAAAACAAUCAAAGGUACCGAGAUACAUAUUGAUGCGCAAGAAUUAGCUGCAAUUCCAGUUUCACCCAAGAGUAACUCUGAGAUUCUAGAAGGCUCGGAUUUACAAAAACAAAGCAGCUUUGUGAAUGAAGAAUCACAUAAUCCAGAUGACAUAAGCUUACCAGACCUACCAACAUCUGAAUGUACACCAAUUUCCACUACUUUAAACACACCAAUCCAUUCCGAUAGCGAAGAAUCAUUGGAUCCUGUUAUUGAUUUGACGAUUCCCACCAAUCCAAUAGAGAUUAUUCAAAAUAGUCCUAUGUUGAGCUUCACUCAUUCUCCGAUAAAAAUGGAACCAUAUGAACACUUUGACGAGAAUGACUUCACUGGCAAAUUAUCACAGGAUGCUAUGGACUUUGACUUUCACGCAGAUAAUAGUUGUGACAAUGAUUUUGAAAAACUGACCGACGUAAGUAGUCAUACCACAGAGCAAUACAAUAUUCCUCAGAGCAAUGAGGAGACCUUUGAUUCUGAUUGCAUUGAGGUAUUGUCUGAGAAAGUAGAACAGAAUAUUAUAGGUGAUAUGCAUAAAUUAGAGACAAAGGAAAUUGCUGUGGACAGUAAUAUUGCAAAGAAUUUAUCUGCUGAUGGAAACCAAUUCUCUUUUAGCAAAAAAAAUGCUGUAGCAACAAAUGAAACAAACAGUAACAUGGGUGAUACGGAUUGUGAAGUUUGGUCAGUAGUUACUGUCAGGGACCCAGAGCAUCAGAUAUCCAAUACUACUGAUCAUCAAGAAGAAAAAAAUGACGCAGACAAAUUGCAAACUUUAUCAGAAUUCGGAAACAAAUUAUCUGAAAGGUUGAGAGGCACUAAAAGUAAUUUUGAAGAAGAUGCGGUGCCAGCCCCUACUGCCAAAAAUUAUUGCAGCAUAAGUAGAUGGCAAAAUAGGUGUGAAAGAGACGACGAAGUAACUGCAUUGAAUUUAGUGAAAGAUGAGAAUAAAGUAAGUUCAGAUUCUAAGAAAAUGAAUGAUAGAGUAACAACUUCACAGGCUGUCACAUGUGAAGAGAUAUCUUUCAAAUCUUCAGAUAAUAGCAACUGCGAUUCUUCAGUGGAAAGCAAAGAACUAUUCACAUCAGCGGAACACACAGACUUAUACUCGUCAUCUUCAGAGGGAGAUGCCAUCUAUACACAGACUACAGAAAAUCUACAACAUUUUUCAGGUACAUCAAAUAUCCCACUAAUUCCAGGGGAAUAUUUUGAAGAACCUAAAAUACCUGUCUUACCAAUGGAAGGGAAUUGUUUGACAAAGAUUAUAAAAAAUACAUCACCUAUAACCGAUUUGGACGUUCUUGGAUCUGAUGAUGAAAAAUUAGAAAAAAUUGAUGAACUCUGGAUGGAAGUUGGUGGUGUAGAAACCGUUGAUAAAGUAACAGAUGUGAACACUGACUGCUGCACAGUGCGCGGUAAAAUUACUAAUCGUCAAAAAAUUUUGGAUUUAAGGAAUAAACAACGGAAAUUACAAAAUAGUGAAUGUAAGCGUCUCAAGAAGUCUGUCAAAACAAAAGAUGUAAGCAAAGCAUUUGGAAGAAUAUGGGAUAACAGUAAAGAAAUGGAAUUGAGGAGUAACACUUUCAAAAACUCACGACUUGAUGAGACAUGUAGUUUGAAUGCAGUGCAACAAACGAUUGAUCCUAUAAACGAAGAAGUACGCACAGACUGUUCAAUUAACACCGGAACUAAUAAUAAUGUAGAAAUAUUACCAGAGCAGCGUACUCUCAACAAACCUCCAAUCGUUUCAAAACCAACAAGUAGUAAAUUGUUUCGUGAAAAUGAUCACCUAACUCACAAAAUUUGUUCAGAAAGUAGUGCUACAGAAAUAAUGAAAUGUCAAGAAAAAGCAAAUCAUGUUAAUGACAUCGCCACAAAGCUUUUGGAAAAUGCUCGACUGUUUGAACCAGAAUUGAGGAAAAGAGAGAUACUGAGAAAGGACUCGACUUGUACCAAUAAUGUUAGCGAUACUAGUAAAAAACGUAUGAAGCUUUUGAAAGAAUACAGAAAAAUGAAAACUACAGUAAAUAUGGACAGUGCAAGCAACCAGUCAAGAAAAACCGAGGAUGAUGUAAAAAGUAAUAUUGUGUUGUCAACUGACAUUGUAGAAGGAUGCAAACAAAUUGUUGUCGCAGAUGUAGCAAAAGUAGACAGUGAAGUUCUGGAAAAUUUGAAUGCAAACACAGUUCAAGAAGUUUCUCAAGAGUCCAAUUGCUUAAGACAAAAUAUAAACGUGGAUCCAGCAGUGUCCACUGAUAUUAUAGUACCUGAAGAGAAAUGUAGAAAAACAUUGCAUGAUGGCGACAGAGCUGUACUCGAUAAAGAUAGACAAAUAGAUAAUGAUUAUUAUGUAAAUAUGGAAGACAACAUCACAGUUGAAAACAGCGGGACUACCAAUAAUAGCAAAACUUUGAAUACCAUGGUUGUGAAUCUUUUUGAUAAAGAUACUAAUGAACGUGCAAUAAAUUUAUCGAAAUCAUUGACUGACUUCGAUUCACUUCAAACAUUACAUGAAAAAGAUUGUGUACCGAGUGACAAUCAUAAUUCGUAUAUAUCAGAAGAUUUAAGAAGUGAUGAGAUUAGAGAAAUCAAGAACGGAGGUAACGAAGAGAAAAAUUGUGCUUUGCCGGAAUCUGUACUAGCGGUAGAUAAUCCACUAUAUACACAAAUGGUAGAAAAGGAUAACGAUGCUUUGGAAGAGAAUGAUAUCAAAGCUGUGGACGACAAUGGAAAUUCUAAUAUUACUUUGGCGCCUGCUAGUUUAGCCGAAGAGCCUACUUUGAAGGAGCAUAAUAUGCAUGAAACCGAUCGGCAAUCAAUAAAAAUUACUGCCGAUGGUUGUCAACCUGAGAAAUUUUCUCCCAUUCCACAAAAAAUCCAAGAAUCGAUAGACUGUACCAAAAAUCCGGACCAAAUGGUUGAUAACUUUCUUGCCUGUGAAAAUUUGACUGCAGCUUCCGAAAAUGAAAGCGCUGAAACCGCUGAAUUUACAUCAAAACACAAUGGACUUUCAGCAUUGAACGAGUCAAUGACUGAAAAUGAAGAACAGAAUGAGAAACAUGGUAAUGAAAUAGUAGAUCGAGAGCUUUCAUGCGAUUUACAGAAUCAACAUAGAGAUGUAGUUUCAGAUUCAUCAUUUGUAAAUAACGAAAAAUUGACGAAAUCAGUGAGCAGUUUUGAUCAAAGUAAGGAAACUAGUUCCUCCAAUCCUGCUCGAGAAGAGGAGACUACUGUUGACAGUCAUCAGAAUUUAUUACCACAUCGGACUAAUCUUUUAAAAGCUAGAGAUACUGAAUCUACAGAGAAAUGUACUGAUACAUCACCAUGUCAAGAAAUAAAAAAUGCUCACAUAUUCUUAGCAGAAAAGAUAGAGGGGAUGGAACGUGAGCCGAAUAUUGUUAGCAACAGUUCAGUAAUCCUUAAAAAAGUUGUCACCAAUGAUUUUCUCAAAGAAUCACCAAUGAUGAACGAGGACGCUGAAUAUAGAAGGUACUCUUUGAAUUUAAACAAACCUCUCCUGGAAAUUUCUUCAGAACAGUCGACAAAAUCUGAAAAUCCACAAAAUAGUAUUUUAAAUGACAUCAAUUUACCUUUGGGGACUGAUAGAAGUAUGGAGACAAUCAGUACAAGUUUGGAGGCCUUUGGAUUCGAAAAUUCUUUCAACUAUGAUUUCAACAAUUUUGAUGUAGCACCAAACAUUGAUGAGGUUGUGGAGAAUGAUCAAAGCAAUACUUGGAAAUAUUCGAAAGCACAUUCUCGGUUUGAAGACUGUGAGCGUUACAAAAACCCUGAUAAUUGCAUCAAUCCAAUUUUAUCAAGUUUGGAAUGUUUGGAUAAUUUAAACACAGUUCCCAUUUAUACAACUAAAGAUGGCAAAAUCACAUAUAGCCCAAAUCCAAAAUUCACAUACAGAGCAUUGAUCAUGGAGGCAAGAGAAAGAGAAGGGUAUUCAGAUACACGUGAAUCGUAUUCCAGACAUUCCAGAACCCCAGAAAACCUCAGUUAUUCGAAAAAUCAAAUCUCGUUUCGCAAGAGGAAAAGUAGUAAUGGGUACAGACACUCCGGGGGUUAUACUAAGAAGCAUUAUCUGGAACACUACGAACCAAAAGAACAUGGUGAAUCUUCAACGACCAAUUCAAUCGAGCCAUGGAAUAAGAGUUGCUUUAGUCGUAACAAAUACCGUCAUCAACCGAGAGAUCGAAAGUCUCAUCAUUUUCCGCACCAUAAUCUUGUUUCACAGAAAAAGCACGAUACUCAAAAGAUAACACAGGAAAUAUCAUCUAGUAAGUAUAAGCUUCGGGAAGGUUGUACUAUCCUUGAAGAUCGUCAUAAACAGAAAAAUGAAACUGUAAAUUCUUUCAAACGGAAAAAUAGGACAGAAUUUGAACAAUCAACGGAACAGUCUGUCCCUGAUCCUGUCUUACUUAGAAACACUCGAGAUCUGAAUGGUUAUCAAAAUCCUACAGAAUUUGCUCAACCACAGCAAAGUACAAGUAAAACAACAUCUAUUAGAAAAUUGAAAAAUUGUGGAAAACAUGGCAGCAUUGAAGAAAAUGUGUCCGAUUUGCAGCACGGUGAUCAACCAAAAGAUCUUCACAAAAUAUCGACACAAAAAUUUGCUUCUGAAUCUGAUAAAAAUAAACAUAUAAGUGAAUGUACUGCAAACCUUGUGUCAUUAAAAUUAGAGCCAAGUACAUUCAGUCACCCACAAUACAUUGAGAAAAAAACCAUGGAUUUCAAAGUGAAACAAUUAGAAUUUAGCUUUUCAAAAAUAGAAGACAAACCUUUCAAUGAUCAGUACUUAUCAGAAAUUCCAAGCAGAAAAUUAAGUGAAGACGUAAAUGAUGAGUCAGAAACCACCGAUCAAUACUUAUCAGAAAUUCCAAACAGCAAAUUAAGUGAAGACCUAAAUGCUGAGUCAGUAACUAACAAAUUUCGCCGUAAGGAAAACAAAACAAAUAUGCUGUACGAUCACGUUGAUGGAUUCAAAGAGAACACUGAAAAUUCAGUUGUUCAACGAGAAAGCUGUCUCGCAAUAGAUAUACCCAUGAAACAUUUAUUCGAUGAAACCAAAGAAGUUUACCAUGAAAAAAGUGAAGCAAACGUACUGUAUGAUCAAGUCAAUGAUUGGAAAGGUGGCUGUGAAAGUUUGGCUGUUCGCCAUGAGUCUUUUCUUAAAACGGAUGUACCAAAGGAAACUUUACUAGAUAAAACCAAAGAAGUUCACCAUGAAGGAAACAAAGAAAAUGUGCUUUGUGAUCAAAAUGAUGAUAUUUAUGAAACUAGAACCUCAAAUAUAUCCAAAAACAAACUAAAUGACUUAACUUUUUCAGAGAGUGAGUGCGUAAUUUCUUCAGGUUCUGUAAAAUCUCCUAAGACGAUAGAAAAGUUGGAAGAAAUUGAUCAUAACUUUCAAAACAUAAAUAGCACAAAGGAUAAGGCAAUUAUUAAUGGCUCACACAUUGAAGAUGAAACCUGUUUGACACCAUUUGAAGUCAUUUCGGCCAAUAAAGGUUCUCAAGAACCAAAGGUUGCAGAAAUAUCAGAAAUGCAGAACAAAAUUGGACCGAAAAUGAGUUCAAAUACAAGAAUUCAAAACUCUCCAGAAGAAGCUAAUUCUAAUCAGCCCUUGAAUAAUGCAGACAUUCAGACCAGCUUAAAUUUUGUAGAACAUUGGUCAUCGGAAAACUCAGAUGUCGACCAGGAACACAUGUCGAACAAAGACAGUCAUAUUGAUAAUAGACUUGAAUUGAAAAAUAGAGAUUCCAUUAAUGAGGCUCGAGGUAAUCUUGAAUCUGCCAAAUCGAAUGACACCAUUUUUCAUCGUCCAGAAUUAUCAGGCAGCUCACAAAGUGAACAAUAUCCUAUAGAAUUAGAAAAGAAGGUAUCAGAAGUAGAAUGUAAUGAAAUCACAUUAAAAAAUGAAAAUGGAUUGCUAGUAAAAGAUUGUGCGAAAGAACAAGUUGAUAGCCACAUUAUCAAAACGAAAUCUGAAUAUGAGAACAUAACAAAAUCUCAACCGCAUUUUGAAAACUAUAUCACAUAUUCGCCACUAAGCGAGAGCCCAGAAGACGCUAAGGCAAUUCCAAAACUUGUGAUAAAGAAGACAGAUAGUUUGAGUUCUAAAAAUAUAUGCCUGACGUCAGCUGUACUACUGCAAGGUUUAGGUACUGAAAAAAUGUUAGGCAAAGACGUCAAGAAUACUAAGGCCUCUGCACAUCCUAAAAUACCAAAAAUAUUGAUCAGAAACGCCAAAUCACGUCCUAGUACACCAUCAAUAGAAGAAAUAUCUGAAGAAAAAUGUUUCUCUCCAUGUAAUAAAGAAGAUAAUAAAUCUCACAAAGUGAAAAUACUGUUAGAAGAAACGCGAUCUACAAGUCCUACUGCAGCAUCUCAUGCAAACAAUCUACAUACCGAUAUCACAGAAAGUAAAAUUCCGAAGAUCAAAAUUAAGCUGGAAGAUAGGCUAUCAAAAGUAAUUAUUGAAAAUGUUAUUACAGAGCCCUGUGAAUCAAACGAGGAUGCUCAAAAAAUCAUUCCAAAAAUGAAAAUCAAAAAAUUAAACGGUACGCUGCGACAAAUUGUGGACACUAAGAUAUUGCCUGUUUCUAUUCCUCGAAUGUUUAUUUAUACAGAGUUAGAGAAUAAGAAACAAACACGGACUAUUAUGAGAGAAGAUCAAAAUGAAUGUAGCACGUUGGGUGAAAACUUUACGUCUGUUGCACCAAAUUCUAUCCUAAGUAAUAAAAAAUUGAUGAAUGAUACUGAAUUUAAAAGAAUUCCAAAACUUAAAAUAAAAAGGCAAAGCUCAGGAUGUUCUGUAGAGUUGGAAAGAAAAAGACACAACGUGAGUCCUGUCCAAUCAGAAACAAAGAAGGUUAAAAAAUCUCUGAAAUUAACGGAAUCCAAUGAUAAAAAGCCUUCUAGCAAAUCAUCUGUAUCUUCCGAACACCAGGAUAGCCCGAAGAAACAAGAUAGUUCUGCCAUUGGACGGUCUCAUCAGUUGAGUUGUUCUGAAAUCGACGAGUAUGCAUCAGCUAAUGAUUCCUCUGGUAAAAUAAGAGGUGAUCAAUCAAAAUCCACAAAGGGAAAAAUUUCUGUUGGUCCAAAGGAAAUACCGAAAGUUAUUAUCAAGAGAACCUCGCCCAGCGCAGAAUUUAAAUGUGAAUUAAGCAAAGGUCGGAGAGAUGCGAUAAUAUUGAAUAAAAUGUGGCAGCCAGAAGUAAAGCUUCAGCGUUCUUGGGUAUUAGAUUGUAUGGCCAAAGAUUUGAAUUUAAACAACCUAAAGCUUAAACUUGCAACUCCUGGUAGCUUGAAAAAGAAAAGUUUAUUACAGAAAAGGACAGAAAUUAAAGCUAUGCAUGUAGCAAAUGACAAUGUCAACAAGAUUUGUAGUAAAAAUAAAUUGUUUAGAUCCAAGUCAAUGUCUGAUUUGGUAUCUGAGCAAGGACACGCCGGAACACUUGUCGAUUGUCAUAAUAGGCAACUGAAGCAGACAAGUGUUGUAAGUUUACCGAUACAUUCAAGUACCCGUAAGAGAUGCAAAAGCGAUUUGGGUAGUAUAUUCACGAAACAUUCAGAGAAUUUAGAAUUCGAAAAAAAAUUAAGGUACAAUUAUGAUUCACACAGAAUACAAUUAAUGAAAAAACAUGAGCUCAUCUGUAAAGAUGAUGUUGAAAAUUUUUCAAACAUUCAAUCAAUGAAAGAAUGUCAGGUAUUCACUGGAAAUCAUGAGAAUAUAUGGGAUCCAGAAAUAACAUCUGAGAAAUCAUGUGUUUUCCAAAAUCACAAUGAAUCACUGAAUCAUAUAAACACAUUCAAAAUCAAUCCAGAGAAAAUUCUAGAUGAAAAUAUGAAUUCAAAAAGUGAACCCUCUGUACUGGAAAAAACCCCAAUAUUAAGUGACAAAACUUUAAAUAAACCUUCUAUCGAUUCGAAUCUAAACUCGAAAAUUCUUACAAACAGUUCGACAUCUAACUUUGAAUGUAGCAAAAAUGAUAACGAAGGCGUUCAUAUUCUUGCAAGUUGUUUCAGUGCGACAGGUAAACAAGAAAUUUCAGAAGACACUACACUGACAAAAAAUUCCACUGUUAAUUCUCUUCAGAGGCAUAUCAAAAUUGGUACAAACAUAAAAGAAAUGCGAAGCACAAUUAUUGAGGAUUGCAAAAUGGAUUUGACUCCGGUCGAAACUGAGAUAUUGCAAAAUAAAGUCAUAUAUUGUGAUGAAAUAAACCAAGCCAGAACUGUCAUUGACGAUAUCAAUGUACGUGACCAUUCAAUAACUUUGCGGCAUGUGAUGUCAAUAGAACCAGUUGUUGAUAUUCCGAAAAGAAAUUCAAAAAACUGUUCUUAUAAAAAUUCCAUGAAAUUUACAAAUGCUUCGCAGAUCGUGGAUCCUGAAUCUAUUGAUUGCGUGUACAACAUAACUAAAUUAAAUAAUACCAACAACUCAGAUGACGAUGCAAAUCAAGGGCAUAAUCAAAAUUAUGUUUCUGAAAAUCUCAUAUCAGACAGUGCUACAGAGGAGCAAAGGAAAAAUUCUGUCCUUAACGAAAACGUACUUAAAACACCUCUUAAUCUCAGUAGCACUUCAACAGAUUCAAGUACUGAAUAUGUUCAGAAUCCUGAGAUUGAUACUAACCUGAAUAGCAGCCUAGGUAGUGCAACUGAUGGCGAUGAAUAUUCUAUGAUUAAAGCAGAAUCUUUCGAAGCAGCUCAAACGAUAAGUGAACCAGUAUCAACUUCGCCAAGCUUUAGUCGAUAUGAAAUGGAAAUCCCCAUGUAUACAGAUGCAAUCAAGGACAAUGAAAUGUGUUUGUACUCCGAGGAUGCAAUCCCUACACAGUAUGAAUUAGAACUAGAGCUUACAGACACUUUAGCUCAUGAUUCUUCAGAAGUACCAAUACCUGAAACUGGCAACUACGACAAAGAAAUUCCGUAUUAUUCUCAAGAUGAAACAAAUGAAAAUGCUCAACACUUGCCUAAUAUUUUAAGCACUUCUGGAAAUAUUGUAAACCUCAAUGAAACAAAAUCUGAAAGUGCUAUGCCUGAAAACAACGAGAAUAAUUCUGUCGAAGUUUGCUCCAUAAAGCACCAAGAAGAGCCGUUAGCACAUCCUGAUGACGAAGAUGCAAUUUCACGCAGAUAUAUUGGUAAACUCAAUUCAGAUAACAAUGGGCAUACGGAAAGUGCUGUAGGAUAUGACGGGAACAUAGAAGAAUCUUUUUGUCAUUCAGAUUCAUUGGUAAAAGAAGUUCUUGCUGCUAAGGAGACAUUGAAAAGGUGUCUUGCAAAGAAUAAAGAUGAAAAUAGAUUUAAACUCAAAUCUAGACCAAAAACAGCUGCUGAAAAAAAACAGGGAUUAAGUUUCGACGUCAGUGCGCUACCUGUUUGUAAUGAAAGUCUUACUACGCUGUCAACUUUGCCAAAUGGUUCUAAACUAAUGGAUCAAAAUGUUGAUACUACCAAUGAAAAUAAAUUCCUUCAGAUUCAAACCAAGACCAAGAUUCAAAUGAACACAAAUAAGUUAGAUAGAAAACAUUCCAAAGGUAGUAAGCAUAAUUCAAUACAAAGAAAAAAUUCCAGCCUUCUUCCAAAUGUAGCGCAAAAAAAUGGCAGCAUUACACAAGUGAAAGGAUCUUUAAUUCCGAAACAUAGUUCAACAGAUAAUAAAGGAAGCAUUGAACUAGCCGAAGACGAUAUGACCAUAUCGCUAAAAAAUUCAAAGCACUUGAUGAAAAAGAAAUCUUUUUCAGAGACACAUAAAAAGAUACCUGAACUUAUGAAUUCCAAAGAUAAUAAAUGUAGAUCUAAGAUGUUGAGGCAUGACCUCGAUUCAAAAUGUGUUGGAAAAUCCAAAAUCGGUCUGGAUAAUAUUACAUUACAAGAAUCCAGCACAGAUUUUGUUCAGUGUAAAGAAAAAUUAGACACAGCUAAACCUAAGUACAAAUCAUUGAAAACCUUAUUGGAUCAAAAUUUAAAAUCAGUAACGGAUAAAACAAAAUUUAAAUUUUAUAAGAUACCAAAACUUACAAAACCGACUCAUCGUGAAAGCCAAAGAUUGACUGAAGAACUUGAGGAGUCACAGAGAAAAGAAGCAAGAAUGCCAAUAUUAGAACCUCAAGUUGAUAUAAACAUGGAUAUUGAUAUCCCAACCUUCAAUUUUGGCCGAGAGAUGUCAAGAUCGCCACCUGUCAUAACAAUUCAGGAAAGUGUAACUCAUUAUGAGACAGCAACUUCAAGUUCCAGGGAUGACUUAUGUCAGGUGUCCUCAAAUAAGGAAAAGGAAAUCUUGUCAAGACAAGAAAUAAUGUUUACUGAUCCGGAGACACCGGAGGCCAUGUUAACGCACGGUAAAGGAACAACUGUUGCUGACAUUGUAAAUGAUAUGGCGUAUCACGAAAAAGCGAUAAUAAAACAUAAACGAUACUGUACGCUAUGCGAAAGGUGGUUUCCAACUGUUACAAGAUAUAGAAGACAUUUAAGUGGAUAUCAGCAUCGCCACACGGAAUUAACUCAGAGAAGAACGAUACACGCACUGUUUACUCUCUUCACUGGGAAACCAUGUCCUAGAUUACAACCACCUGGCGUUGUAAGGAUUGAUUGCGGACCAGGAGAAUUAACGCCUCUACAAAUAGCCGUACAGGGAGUAACAAAGGAAUCCAGAAAAAUGGAUAGUAAUAUUGAACAGCCAACAAAUGAUGAUAAGUGAGUUUAAUGGCAUUAGAUUAAUUACCGGGGCAUUAAUAGAAGUUAAUAAUAAUAAAUGCGCAGUUACCUAAUACGAUUGGCACUAUUUUUAGGCAUCCUGCGUUUUAAUGGUAAACUUUUGACUGGUUUAAAUUGAAUUCCGUAGAAUAUUAGUCAUCAUUUCAUAUUUAGUUUAUUAGCCAAAGAUAUUAGCAAAGCAUACAUUUAUAUUUUAAUUGUGGUAACAUAGUCUCUAGCUGUAUAAAUGAUGUUACAUUUGAACCAUCUUCUAUUAAUGUAUACAUAUAAUUAAUCAAUCAGCUUUUAUUUAUAUCAUGCAGGUAUAAAUUACCUGUAGAUUGUAUACAGCAUAAAAAAUGUAUAUGUACAUAUAUUUUGUUCCAAUUACUUCUGAAACAGUUUCACGUAAAAUAACGGAGCAUAUGCUUUUGUAUCAUAGAUUUGAUAUUGCUCUAUGCAUAAAUAAUAUGUGCAAUGCUGUACUACCGAAAUAUUUCAGUGCAAAAGAUGUAGUCAUCACAAAAGAAUAGUUCAAGAGUAAUUUUAGUAUAUAUAAACGCUCAAUUCUUCGCGUCAAGUAGUUCGUAUUUGAUACAUCAUUCGUAGCUAUGAAUAAAAUUUAUAGAAAUUAAUAUUAUAGGGAUCAGUGGCCUAUGUUUGUUUAAUUCCGAACUAUACCGCCGAUAAGUCGAUGAUUGAAGCUAAAAAGAAAACAUAUUUAUCAAUUGCAUGUGAUCUCAUCUACAUAUAUAUACAUAUAUAAAUGUACAUACGUAUGUAAAUCUAUAUGUAUAUAUAUGUAUGUAUAUGUAUGUAUAUUUACAAUCAUUAAAUCGAACAGAAUAGAAGAUGAAAUAUAAUUCACCAAAUAAGACUAUAAUGUAAGUAAAAUUAGGUAAUAUCGGAGAAGACGUUAGUUCCUGGCUUAAAAAAAAUAGAAUAAUGCUAUUAAAUUAUGGUGUUAAGGUUUUACAGGGUUUAUACUUGUUUUCUUUCUUAUUCGAUAUCAAUUUAUUUAUAUUUAUUUUGUUUUAACAUAUAGUGAUGGGUCAGAGAUAAAAAUAUGAGAUUGCAAAUUUAUGCGGCUAUAAAAUUUGCUAAAUCUUAUUUCAAUACUUAGGUAUAUUAACACAGCACGCGAAAAUCGGUGUCAGAAAAUAUACAAAUUUUAUCUGUUUUUAUGGAUAAUGAUGUGAAAUUUCAAUCAGUUAUUUGCUAUUGGUUUAAAAAAGUGGUGAAACGGUUGAUCACUCGGUUUAGAUGGGUAAUUUUGCAAUACCGAUAAAACUUUACCAAUGAAUGUGGAAAUGACCGGCAUCAUAAUUUUUUAAAUAACCUUAUGAGGUCCUAAUAUUUUUCUUUACUGCUUAUUUAUUUUAACACACAAGUAGAUUUAUCACCUUUGAUUUCCUAAGAAAAAAAUCUUGAUGUACUACUUGCACUUUAGUUCAAACAAACAAUUUCUUAACUUACACGGUUUGACUCGCACGAGUGCCUUAAAUACACCUAACAGUAUUCGUCGACAUAUUAUAUAUAUGAUAUGUGUAUGUAUAUACCAUCAUAUAUGUAUAUCUAUAUCGCGUUGUGUGUUCUAUGUGCCUAAAAUUGGAAAAAAUCAUAUAUGCAUUGAUAAAACAGUAUACAUACACUAUAUAUAUAAAAAUAAUAAUGGGGAAAAUAGUGAACUAAAAAAGUGGAGUGAUCCUAUAUUGAUUUGUAUAUUUGUGAACAAUUUGUUACGUUUAGCAUGCGUGAAAUAAAUAUCAAUUGUUCGUACUGUUGUGUACAUCGGAGAAGGAGGGGAAAGAAAUGAUUCGAGAUCAUAAUAUACUUAGAUUAAAUAUUAUCAAGUUAUAUAAGACUAUUAUAUUAUUUAAGAAAAAUAUUUAUAUAUGUAUACACACAUAUAUGUAUGUGUACUUUAUAUAUAUAUAUAUAUACACAUACAUAUCUUAUAUACGACACUUGUGUUAUAUUUUGAGGCUUACAUUGUAUAUUAUAUGUAAGUAUUGUACAACUAGACAGUGCAUUUUAAUGUCCAAACAGUGUUGCGUGUUAGCAACAAUAUGGAUACGUUUACAGAUUUAGAGUACCUUAAAGAAUUCCGCAGGCAUUUUAUCAUAUAACAUUGAAUAGCCAUGGAAUUGUGCUUUUCUGUUACAAAACAUAAGAUUUACUCUGAUAAAAUAGUUCAAGUUACAAGUGCCUACACGUAUAAAAUUGUACAUAUAAAAAUCGCCCAGGGUCAGUGUAACUUAUCUCUAUAAAAUAUUUAACGAAAUAUUACCAUCAGAAUCAUUUUUUAAUAUUCUACCGGGUGUUUGAUCAAUGAUCGUGCCGCGAAAACAAUGCUGAAUUCGUAUAAAAAUUCUAUCUGCAGUAGCACUCUUGGAAUUAAUAUUAUUAGGUGCUCGAACUUUUAUAAAAUUAAAUGUGUUAGUUUACGGUAACUGCAACGUUUUGAAUGAUAAUUCAAUGGCCAGCUAAUCAACUAAAACAAUAACUGAGAUUUAGUUUGGUAAUUAUAAAAAUAGAAAGGUCAUUUCACUUGCCUAUGCAGUGAUGUAAUACUUAUACCUCUACAAGUAGCUGUAACAUGUUCAAUUUAAUCGAUUUUGUUGUAGUCCUCUUAAAAGUACUAAAAAAGGAAAUUACGUUGAAAUAAUCUGAAACUAUGCUCUGUAAUUUCAAUAUUCUUCGGCUAUGAAACGUGUCAAUAUUUCAGUUUUAUUUUUAUGUUGAAGAUGAUGCGAAACAUAAGAUUACUGAAACUCACGUACAGAAAAGUUAUCACACUAAUUCAUCCUAAGUCAAAUCAUGUUACCCUUAAGCAUGUUAAGUUUUUGUUAUUUCAUACCCAACACUGAUAUAGUCUACAUAUUAAUUAUUUACCUUUAUAUGCAAUUUAAAAAAAAAUAGCGGAAAAAAUUAUUUGUUUUCAUAACUUUUACUCCAUUCCUAUACGAAUAAAAACUAUCAGCGAUUUAUACGUAGUAUAAUAAAAUGAAAUAUAUGAUUAAUUUAUACAGUUUUAAGGAGUUCAAUAAGUUUUAAUUGAACAACGUGUUGUUUUGCUUUAGAAAUUUAUUACAUUGAAGAAUUUUUAUUCAUAAAGUAGUCGUUAUUCCACUGUCAUAUUUAGGUGUAUAUUAUACAUACAGUUAUGUAGAGAGUUUUCCUAUUUAGAUAUAUUCGUACUACCUGCAGUGUAUGUACCAACUAUAUAUUACGUUGUUGAUUAUAAGUUCUGGUUAUGUUUAUAAAUAUAUUGAUUAUAAAACCACAAAUUUCUUUUUCCAACUAACUAGUAUAUAUGUAUAUGUUGAAUAACGUGUGCAUAGAUAAUAAUUUUUGGGUAUUAAAUGUAUGGGUUUCACUAUACUCGCCAAAUACUUUUUGCCUUCAGCUAAAUAUAGAAAAUCCUCUAAUCAUAAAAUCGUGUGUGUGAUAUCAAGACUUGAUUGUUUCUUCAUUUCUUUUGUUAAUGUUGACCUGUCGCACUGUUGAAAUAAAAAAAGACAUAGUGUAAAAUAAAUUACCAUGUUGUAAAUGUCAAAAACCUUAUUACAUGAAUGUUAUACAUUACAUUUAAAAACUUACAAUUAGUUGCUAUUUCUGAAGUUUAUUAAGUUGACAAUCCGUACGGGAGUUUUGAUUUAACAGGUAUAAAAUAAGAAAAAAUGCAAAUUUUUAACAAUCGCAACAGACCGUAGUACUGAUAAAAUUAUUUACAAAAAGAACAGAAUUGAAACUCGUCGGACGGACGGUCGCACGUCGUGCCAACAUGGCAUAGCUGUCGGCAGGUUUCUUAUGUUGACAUCGGUUUGUAAGGAAUAACGAUGAAAUAGGAUCCAGCACGCAAUAUACAUGAACCAAAUCUAUUGCAGGUCAUUGUUAAGUUACGUCAUUUAAAUACAACUAGGUGAGUAGCCGUUGUGCACCAAAAGAUUGUUAUUAAGUAGGAAUGAAAUUUUCAGGUUAAGUUUGUAAACAGAACGGUAGGUGAAAAGUCUGAAAAUGCUGAUUUUCAAUGAGUUAAAAAUUAAUAAACGAAGCAAUUAUCUUUUUCUGAUCUCUAUAUGCUUUCUGUAUUGUUACUGUAAAAUCGGGUUCACCUGGCGCGUUUUUCAAAACCGUAGACGAAAGUCGACGUGCCUUAUUUUGUGCAAUAUUUUGAAACUAGGACCAACAUCGGUAUUUAA